AUGGCUGCCAAUGCGAUCACCAUCAUUUCCUCUCCAUACCACGUCGGAGCUCGCGAUCACCGAGUCGGCAACGGUCCCCACCGAAUUCGGUCCCUCGGAAUCACCCAAGCGCUCGAAAAGCUAGGUGUUAAAAUUAAUUUUCAAGAAAUCGGCUCGGUAGACGAGUUUGAAGGCGAGAUCGGCCGUAGCUUUGAGUUACUGCGCCGAAUUUCAACUGCCGUCACCGAAGCAAUAGCUCAAAGUACCUUCCCGUUGAUCCUAUCCGGGAAUUGUAUGGCAAGUGUCGGCGCUGCAUGUGGCCUGAAUAUCAAAGAUCUCGGCUUCAUAUACUUCGAUGCACAUGAUGACCUUGAUUCACCGGACGUGAACGAGAACGGAUAUUUCGAUGCGAUGGGUCUGUCCAUGCUGCGUGGAGAGAGCUGGAAAACCUUGAUCAACACCGUACCCGGAUAUCACCCCAUGACCUACCGACGAUUCCUCUACUGCGGUCUACGGGAUCAAAGUGAGAUUCAACGACAGAGAGUCAUUGAGGCAGGUAUGACCUCCAUAUGGGGUGAAACCGAGCGGAAGGUGGAUUUCGCUGCUGAGAUGAGGAAACAUUUGGAGUCGGGCUCUUAUAGUCCAGCUCUAGUGCAUCUUGACCUAGAUGUGCUUGAUGAGUCUUAUGGUAAAGUCAAUGACUUCCCCUCACCGGGUGGUAUGUUUGAAGAGGAUUUGGUGGCUUGUAUGGGUCUCGUGCCGCGCAAGGCUACGCCUAAGUCCCUCACUGUGUGUUCAUUUGAUCCCGAUUCUGGAGACGGUGAUAAAAUUGCUGAAAUUGCAAUCCGUGCAGUUGUUGCCUUUGUAAAAUCGCUUGUGGAAGCUGGCACUUUGUCAUCUGCAAAGGCAUGA